AUGGCUUCCUCAUCAUUCCGAGAUUCAAUAAACUCGCUUGGCUGGUCGCGCGCCACCGAAGAGCCCGUGAACACCUCGAGAGAUACGGGCCUCUUCUCCAGUAUCCAGAACUUGAACCCAUUUCAAGAUCGCGGGUAUUUGCAGCUGCCCACUCACGAAACGUCGCCGGGUGCGCCUUUGCCUGCGUCAAGUCGUCGUGAGGAGGAAGAAGGCUGGUUCAUCCUCGCCACUCGCCCGCGCAAGUUUGUUCUCUUAUGGACUGUGGGAUCCAGUCUGUUCUUAGCGUCCUUUGCGGCCGUCAUGGGCCCCAUGAACUAUGUCUAUCAUCUUUUGUCGACACCUAGACUGCCCUUUACUGCGGCCUACUUUGGAUCCAUUAUAAUGACGUUGGCUUUUGCCAUUAAAUUACAGAACACCAUUCUCACGCUGCUUUCAGCCCUUGUACAGCUCGCCGCCCUUGCUUGGUAUCUCGUCAGCUAUUUUCCAAUGGGAGCAGCCGGUCUGCGCCUGGCGACGACGUUUGGGGCCAGGCAAGCGACAUCUUGGAUGAGUGGCUAA